CCUCCCUCUCCCCCCAACAGCGAUCCUCCAGGUUCCUUAGCUGGCCCAGGCCGAGUCAGUGUCAGUCAGGGAGGCGGACUGCUGAGCACUGGGUGCGGACACUUAAUUGCAAUCUCGUUCAGGGGCCGGUGUCUGCACUCGCGCCGCCGGCUGGGAAGGAUGAAGCCGCAGCUGGAGCAGCCACCCUAUGAUUGGCUGUGGCGCUUGUGAACCCGAAGUAAAGAUGGCGGGCGGGCAGGCAUCUGCCGCACUGCCCACUUGGAAGAUGGCGGCGCACCGCAGCCUCAGCGCCCGCGGCCGGGGGGUCCUGCAGGCGGCGGCGGAAAGGCUGCUGCCGCUGCUGCUGCUGAGCUGCUGCUGCGGCGCUGGACGCUGCGCCGCGUCGGGCGAGAGCGAGGAGACGGUGAUCAUCGGGUUGAGGCUGGAGGACACGAACGACGUGUCGUUCAUGGAAGGGGGGGCGCUGCGGGUGAGCGAGCGGACUCGGGUCAAGCUGCGGGUGUACGGGCAGAACAUCAACAACGAGACGUGGACCCGCAUCGCCUUCACUGAGCACGAGCGGCGGCGUCACAGCCCCGGAGAGCGCGGGCUGGGGGGCCCCGCGCCCCCAGAGCCGGACAGCGGCCCCCAGCUCUGCGGCAUGCGCACAUCAGAUAUCAUCAUCUUGCCCCAUAUCAUUCUCAACCGCCGUACAUCGGGCAUCAUUGAGAUCGAGAUCAAACCGUUGCGCAAGAUGGAGAAGAGCAAGUCCUAUUACCUGUGCACAUCGCUGUCCACGCCAGCCCUGGGCGCUGGCGGCCCGGGGUCCGCGGGUGGCACCGUCGGGGGCAAGGGCGGCUCCGGGGUGGCCGGGCUCCCGCCGGCCCCAUGGGCUGAGACCACCUGGAUUUACCACGAUGGCGAGGACACCAAAAUGAUUGUGGGCGAGGAGAAGAAGUUCCUGCUGCCCUUCUGGCUGCAGGUGAUCUUUAUUUCGCUGCUCCUGUGCUUGUCCGGCAUGUUUAGCGGCCUCAACCUGGGGCUCAUGGCCCUGGACCCGAUGGAGCUGCGCAUCGUGCAGAACUGCGGCACCGAGAAGGAGAAGAAUUAUGCCAAGCGCAUCGAGCCCGUGCGCAGGCAGGGCAACUACCUGCUGUGCUCGCUGCUGCUGGGCAACGUGCUGGUCAACACCACACUCACCAUCCUGCUCGACGACAUCGCCGGCUCAGGCCUCGUGGCCGUGGUGGUCUCCACUAUCGGCAUCGUCAUCUUCGGGGAGAUCGUGCCCCAGGCUAUCUGCUCCCGGCACGGCCUGGCUGUAGGGGCCAACACCAUCUUCCUCACUAAGUUUUUCAUGAUGAUGACCUUCCCCGCUUCUUACCCAGUGAGCAAGCUGCUGGACUGCGUCCUGGGCCAGGAGAUAGGCACAGUCUAUAACCGGGAAAAACUGCUGGAGAUGCUUCGGGUCACAGACCCCUACAACGACUUGGUUAAGGAGGAGCUGAACAUCAUCCAAGGGGCGCUGGAGCUCCGCACCAAGACGGUGGAGGACGUGAUGACUCCCCUCCGGGACUGCUUCAUGAUCACCGGUGAAGCCAUUCUGGACUUCAACACUAUGUCGGAGAUCAUGGAGAGCGGCUACACUCGCAUUCCAGUGUUUGAGGGGGAGCGCUCCAACAUCGUGGACCUCCUAUUUGUCAAAGACUUGGCAUUCGUGGAUCCAGAUGACUGUACUCCCCUGAAAACCAUCACUAAAUUUUAUAACCACCCCUUACACUUUGUUUUCAAUGACACCAAGUUGGACGCUAUGCUGGAAGAAUUUAAGAAAGGUAAAUCUCACCUGGCUAUUGUGCAGCGAGUAAACAAUGAAGGAGAGGGGGACCCGUUUUAUGAAGUUCUGGGAAUUGUCACCUUAGAAGAUGUGAUUGAAGAAAUCAUCAAAUCUGAGAUUCUAGAUGAAACAGAUUUAUACACGGAUAACAGAACGAAAAAGAAAGUGGCCCAUCGCGAAAGAAAACAAGAUUUUUCUGCCUUUAAGCAGACAGACAGCGAGAUGAAGGUUAAAAUAUCACCACAGCUUCUCUUGGCCAUGCACCGUUUCCUGGCAACAGAAGUAGAAGCAUUUAGCCCAUCCCAGAUGUCAGAGAAGAUCCUCCUCAGGCUGCUAAAGCACCCCAACGUCAUCCAGGAGCUGAAGUUUGAUGAGAAGAACAAGAAAGCCCCAGAAUACUACCUCUACCAGCGCAACAAACCUGUAGACUACUUCGUUCUCAUUUUGCAGGGGAAAGUGGAAGUAGAAGCUGGGAAAGAAGGUAUGAAGUUUGAAGCCAGUGCUUUUUCAUACUACGGCGUGAUGGCCCUCACAGCCUCCCCAGUUCCUUUGUCCCUGUCUCGUACCUUUGUUGUCAGCAGAACAGAGUUGUUAGCAGCAGGUUCUUCAGGUGAAAACAAGUCACCGCCUCGCCCAUGCGGCUUGAAUCACUCAGACUCUCUCAGUCGAAGUGACCGGAUUGACGCAAUCACCCCGACGCUGGGGAGCAGCAAUAAUCAGCUCAAUUCUUCAUUCCUUCAAGUCUACAUCCCUGAUUACUCAGUGCGCGCCCUUUCUGAUCUCCAGUUUGUUAAGAUCUCAAGACAGCAAUACCAAAAUGCCUUGAUGGCAUCCCGGAUGGACAAAACGCCUCAGUCUUCAGACAGUGAAAACACUAAAAUUGAAUUGACUCUUACGGAGCUGCACGAUGGGUUGCCAGACGAGACAGCUAACCUGCUUAAUGAACAGAACUGUGUGACGCACACCAAGGCUAACCACAGCCUACACAACGAGGGCGCCAUCUAGGGCACCCCACCGGCCCUUGCCCCUCCCGCCCCCACGGCCAGGCCGCCUCUGUGAGACAGUGAACCCCAUUAGUGUGAGCUUGUGUGCCAUGCUGCAUCCUGCAACAUCCUGAGACCAAAGACUUUGUCCCCUUCCUGGAAGCAGCAGAGGAGGUCGGUGAGAGUAGGAAUGGAAACUAGAGCUGAAGAUCGACAGCUAGGGUGUGGCCUUCGCGAUUUUGGAGAUGAACUUCUUCCGCCCAAAUAGAAUCAUGUUUAUUUUUUCAGCUG